AUGGCGAAUCUUACCUCCACAUCUGAGUUUCUACUCCUGGGAUUUUCAGGUGUCCGAGAAUUACAGAUCUUACAUUUCUUUGUCUUCUUAGCGGUAUACAUGGUAGCAGUCACUGGCAAUCUUCUCAUCAUCAUGGCUGUAGUGCUGGAUCAUCACCUGCAUAUGCCCAUGUACUUCUUUCUCAUGAACUUGGCCUUUAUGGAUCUUGGCUCUAUUUCUGUGAUGUUACCUAAAGCGAUGGCCAAUUUCCUCAUGAAUAGCAGGUCAAUUUCUUAUGCAGGUUGUGUGGCUCAAGUUUUCUGCUUCUUCCUAUUUGGAGGGUCAGAUUUUGCCAUCCUCACAGUAAUGGCACAUGAUCGGCAUAUUGCUAUUUGCCAUCCAUUGCAAUAUGAGGCAAUUAUGAAUAAUGGAGCCUGCAUUCAGAUGGCUAUAAGUGCAUGGUUUACCGGUACACUUUCUGCCAUAUUACAUACCAGUGGCACUUUUGCCAUCACUUUCUGCUCCAAUAAAAUCAAUCAGUUCUUCUGUAAAGUUCCACAAAUAUUAAAACUUUCCUGCUCAGACUUAUAUCGAAUUGAAAUUGGAAUUAGUCUGUUUACCUGCAGCUUAAUUGGAGGAUGUUUUAUCUACAUCAUUAUAACUUAUGUGAAGAUUUUUGCAACACUACUCAGGAUGCCUUCUGAGCAGGGUUGCAAAAAAGCCCUCUCCACUUGCCUUCCCCACCUCACUGUGGUGUCUCUGCUUGUUUUCACUGGACUCUUUGCUUACUUGAGGCCUCCUGCUAACACAUCCUCUGAUCUCGAUAUCCUUUUUGCAGUGAUUUAUGCCAUAUUACCUCCACUGCUGAAUCCCUUCAUCUAUAGCAUGAGAAACAAAGACAUCAAGACUGCAUUGUUAAAGCUCACUGGUUUUAGACGUUUUCCCCAAACCAGCUCCAGCAAAAUUCAUCUUGUAAAACUGGGCUGA